GUGUGCGUGCGUGUGUGCGCGCGCGCGCGUUAUCCCCUCCCUCAGAGCGAGCGCGAGCUACGGAGAGCAGAGACGGAGCAGAGUAAACGGCAGUCAGUGUGAACGGACUCUCCGCUUUUGUUGUUGUUGUUGUUGUUGCAGAGAUCGGAGCGCGUGCGGUUACAUUUUUUUUUUGCUGUUCUGCGCGAGGAUGAGGACAACGAGCGCGUGAGUGAACUAAACCCACGGGGACUCGCACGCGCACCGCUACGAUUACGGAACGGAUCUGCUCGCGAGAGGGAACUCCAGCUUUGGAUCGUGUGUGAGUGUGUGUGUGUGUGAGAGAGAGAGAGAGAGAGAGAGAGAGAGUGGAUGAGGCUUCGCUUUAACGGAGCGGCAGAGCGACAACACGGUCCCCACGAUGCCUGAAAACGUCUGACUGAAAAAGUGUGGCUUUCUUUACCAUUGCUGACAAAGGCUGUUAUCAACGUCUCCAACGGCUCAUUGUCCACUUCUGAGAACUACUAGUCGUCCAGUCAGAACCACAACGUCGAGUUGCCCAAGCAGAACCGCUGGAGUGUACCAAUUUCUCCAAUUUGAGCCAUCAAUACCCAGCUGGAAGGUCCAGAAGGUCCAGUCUGUACAUUGAGAACCAAAAGUGGUCCAAUCAGAACCAUUGAGCCGACCGACAGUUGUCUGAGUAGAACCGUCGAACUCGCUGUCGCUCUAAGCAGAGCCAUUUCUACCAAGAACUACCGCUUCUCCAAGAACGACCAAUCAGAACCAUCGAAGUACCGUUUCUCUGAUCAGAGCCGACGUCUGGAACUACCAGUCAUCGAAUCAGGACCAUCGUCAUCUUUUUGAACCAAAACAGUUUUUUAAAUUAAGAAGAUUUUUCCGAUUUAUUAUCCAAUCAUAAAAAGGAUUCCUGGAGAAAUGGGUGGGGCUAAAGUCCUACUCGUGGUUCUGGUGAUAGGUCUGGAAAAUGUGAACUGUGUGAACUGGAACCCAGUCCCGCGCAAGACCAUCCGAUAUCACGAAGUGAUAGACAGCAUGGCACGCUUCCGGGCGGUGGGUGUGUUUAACUACACCAUGUUGACUCUGUCCGAGCACGAGCGCGUCCUGUACGUCGGCGCCAGAGAGACGCUAUUCGCCCUCGACCCUAAUGACAUCACACGACAACUCCGCCCACAGAUUGACUGGCCGGCCCCUGCGGAGAAGAAGAAAGAGUGUACAGAGAGAGGAAAAACCAACCAGACGGAGUGUUUUAACUACAUCCGGUUCCUGCAGGGCUACAAUCACACACACAUGUACACGUGUGGCACCUACGCCUUCCAGCCCAAGUGCACCUACAUCAAUAUGGAACAUUUCACUCUGAACGGUGCCGCCCUGGAGGACGGGAAGGGCAAGUGUCCCUACGACCCCGCUAAAGGCCACACCGGCCUCAUCGUGGAUAAGGAGCUGUACUCUGCCACUCUGAAUAAUUUCUUGGGCACGGAGCCGGUGAUCCUGCGCAACCUGGGACAGCAGCACUACAGCAUGAAGAGCGAAUACCUGCCGGCCUGGCUUAACGAGCCGAACUUCGUGGGUUCUGCUCUGGUGCGUGAGAGCAGGAACAGCCGCGAGGGAGACGACGAUAAAAUCUAUUUCUUCUUCAGCGAGAGAGCCGUGGAGCUCGACUGUGACGGAGACAUGACUGUAGCCCGGGUGGCCCGUGUGUGUAAGGGUGACCAGGGGGGAACUCGGACGCUGCAGAAGAAGUGGACGACGUUUCAGAAGGCUCGUUUGGUUUGUUCCAUCCCCGAGCGCCACAUCACCUUCAACCACCUGCAGGCCGUGUUCACCAUGCAGGGAGCUGAUUGGAGGAACACCGUCUUCUACGGGGUUUUCCACGCGCAGUGGGGGGACGUGGACGUCUCGGCCGUGUGUCAGUACCACAUCGCAGAUGUGAAGAGCGUGUUCGAGGGCUCGUAUAUGGAGUACCGCGAGGCGUCUCAGAGAUGGGGGAGAUUCAUGGGCGUCGUGCCGAACCCACGGCCCGGAGCGUGUAUCACUAACUUCGACAGAGAGAACGGCUAUAACAGCUCGCUGCAGCUGCCGGACGCCACGCUGAACUUCGCUAAGAAACACCCGCUGAUGGAGCCGAAGGCCGAAGCUCAACCCCUGAUGCUCACCAAGGGCGUGAACUUCACCCGAAUCGCAGUGGACCGAGUGAACGCCCUCGACCAGAGAGCGUACAGUGUGCUGUUUAUUGGAACAGCUGAUGGAUGGCUCCAGCGAGUGGCGAUUGUCGGAUCUGAGGCUCAUGUGAUCGAGGAAAUCCGGCUGUUUGAAUGGCCGCAACCAGUCGACAGUCUGACCAUCUCGCACAGCAAGAAGUACUUGUAUAUCGGCUCUCGGUCGGAGGUGUUACAGUUGCCCUUGGCUAACUGCAGUCGUUAUCACUCUCAGCCGGACUGCUGGCUGUCCCGAGAUCCGUACUGCGCCUGGGACAGCGAGGGACGAGCCUGCGUCCGCAUCGACCUCCACCGCGGGUCCAUGUCGACUCUCACUCAGGAUCUCACGCUGGAGAGGUUCAAUCGAGGGUCAAAGGCGAAGUUUGAUAAGCCGGUGUCCAUCCCGAGUCCGGAACAUUCCCGGCUGAGGAAUGUGACCGUGGUGGUGGGUUCGGACCUCGUCCUGCCGUGCCAGCUGGUCUCGAACCUGGCGCGUCCGUCGUGGGCGCUGAACGAGCGCGAGUUGUUGCUCUCGUCUGACUCGGAUACUUCGGGUCCCCGUUUCGACCGCGCCCUUCGUGCCCUGGUCAUCCCCCGGGCGGGGACCCACCAGGGCGGACGCUACGUGUGCUACUCCGAAGAGCAGGGAGUGAAGUUCCAGACGGAGCGCUACCAGGUGGUGGUGGUGACCAGCGCGCCGGUGUUUAUGGAAGCACGAGAGCCGGAUGCCAGCAUGGGGCUUUUCUGGGUGCUCGUGAUCGCGUUAGGCGUCACUUGUCUGGUGCUGCUCAUCGGCGCCCUCUACCUGCGGCGGAGGCUGAAAUUAGCGCUGGGGAAAGCGGGAACUGCCGAGAUGAAGCCGUUAGAGAGUACGCUGGUCUACCCGAUCACGCUGCCCAAGGAGACGCCGAGCUUCGUGCCUAGCAAGAUGCCCACCAGCUCAAACAACGACGAGGAUCGCUUCUGGGAAACCGGAGCCAAUUUUUACUACUCGGACGGAUCGUUGAAGAUCGUGCCUGGACACGCGUCCUCGUCUUCGCCGAGCGCCAUUCCCGGGCAGCCGCUGCACUCGCCGAGCCGCCUGAGCCUCACGAACAUCCGGAACUCCGGCACCAACGGGUACGUUCGACUCAGCCUGAGCGUGGCGGGCGAGGACCGGCCGAACGGAGGGAUGAGCGCGGGAGGAGUGGGAGGAGUUGGAGGAAAGCUGGGGAUCGGCGCCAGGGAGAACGACUACACCAGCCCUUUUAAGGAGGAGCUACGGAGGACACUGCAGCAGAGAAGCGUCCUGCCUGACGCAAACCCGGAAGAGUCGUCAGUGUAGAGCACAAACAGAGACGCCAAACAGUCGCCUACCUCCCUCCUUCACGGAGAAACAUCCUUCCUCUCUCUUUCACUAUCUCGCUCCUUCCUUUCUUCCAUCGGACACAUCUUCUCUCUCUCUCUCUCUCUCUCUCUCUCUCUCUCUCUCUCUCACUCUCUCUCGGCUAACGCCAUCGACCCAAUCCAGCGAGUGGCAUGCUAAUGCUAAGAGUGCGUCAUGAUCUCUCCAUCAACAAAACGGUUAUCAUUUCAUCGUGACGUCUAACCGCGGGGGGGGGCUUUAUCUGUCACUCAAACAAGUGGGAGGAGCCACACCUAUUUUUUGCGUUCUGUUUCAGGAUCGGACGAGGAAGAGAGGGAGGGGGGGAGUGAGGGAGGGAAAAAAAAUUUCAGCAAGACGACAAUCAUACUUUUUGAAACAAAAAAGUGUGAAAGCGAAGAGAGAGGACAAAGUAAAAAAAAAAAAAAAAAAAAAAAAAUGAAGGGAGCUGUAAAAGAACGACAAACUUUAUACUUCAGACUUUCUGAACAGCUCGUGUUUUUGUUUUUUAUUAUUAUUGUUGUUGUUUUAUUUUGAAUUUUUUGGAAGUUUUCUUUCUCCUGAGAAUGUCUCCAGACUCAGAGCACUAAUAUAUUGCGACGUUUGUAAUUUAAAGAUUUUUCCGCGUGUUUCUGUGACUUUUUCCGAAACGACGGAGAAGGACGCACGGACGUUGCGUCGCCUCGGGUGGAAUGUGAAAAGGAGAAGGGGCGGUGUCCUCUAUCUCGCCGUCCUUCAUCCACGGAGCCGAGCGUUUGACGCCGACUUGGGGAGACUGAUGAACUGCGCUCGUGCUAAGCCAACAACUGUACAACAUCACUGUAAAAAAAAAAACAAAAAAACAAGAAAACAAGGAUGUUUCAACAAGUGCAUUACUGCGUUUAAAUCACUUCUGGAUAUUUACUUCGCCGUGGAUAAACUGACCCUGAUUGGACGCCAAAGGCUGGAUUGAUUCCACAUUAUCCAAUCAGAGCCUGCGCCCGAUUCGACACGGUGUCUCACACCUCACAGACUCCACCGCCAGACAGAAGACAAGGACAUUUUCUCAUUUGCAUAUUCGUUGCUGAUGUACAACCGAAGGAGACGUGGGGUCAUAAAUCCGUGAGGAGGUACUACAGCGGACUCUGGCGCCGGUCUCCACUUUCUUGCAUGACGCUCUACAAGCCGGCGAUUUUUUUCUCGUUUUUUCCCCGAAGUGCAUAAGUUCACCAAGUCUUACUCAUGACUCAGACUCUUGGAAGAAAAAUAAUAAUAAUAAAAAGACAUUGUGAUUUGUUUUUGAUUUUGUUCAUUUCGCUGUGCCUCUUCAGCAUGGGCUAAGCCAAAGUAGACUGCAGAUGGUUUUCUUCUCUUUCUUCUAUCCAUUCUUAUUUUUUUUUUAUCAUUCCUUUAUAUUUAAGUCCGUCCACUGCACAGAAAAGAACUGUUCUGCUACAGAAGCGUACCGAGUGUUUGCUUUUUUUUUUUUUAUUAAUCUCUUUUUUUGAUGGAGAAAAGAAAAAAUCAAUGUAUUUCGUGGCAUGACAGCUUUAUUUAUUUUUUUUCUUUUUCUUUUUUUUCUCCAAGCAGCUCUCCGUUCUGUUGUCCAAACGUCUGACGCGAUAAAGGGAAAGAGAAGGAAAGAAAGGAACUCAGAAGUAACGGGAAUUCGAUGGAGAAUUUACCGUCGCCUCUCGGCCGAAGAUCGCUGUUUCUUAAUCUGUUGUUUGUGCGCACGCUUAAAAAUAACGGGACGAUUUGUCAGGGUGGGGCUUUUUUUUAAACGUCUUCAGACCCGACGCGCGCUACAGGCAGGCGUGUGCCGAUCGUGAAAUAUCAUCGUUAUUACGUGGUUAUUAAAUCGUUAUUGCGUCACACGUGUGUGAGCACUUCAGAAUAGGUGACCGUUUGGGUGUUUUAUUUCUCUUAUACCGCCGGAACAUGAUUGACAGUUUCUGUUUAUUUAAAGAACGUUAGUAAGACGUGAUGAUGUUGUUAUUGUGAAGUUUCGGUAGCAUUAUUAACACUGUUACAGAAAAACCGCGAGGAAGUGAGAACUCUGUUCUUAAAGUUACAGCUGUACUGUUACAAAGCGCUGACGCUGGAGACUCCUUCCGUAACGGAAAACUUCGGCGUGUCAGCGUUUUUCCCCCGAACAGUCCACGUGGAACGACGAGUUUUUUCCGAUCAGUUCACGUGGAACGACGAGUUUUUUCCGAUCAGUUCACGUGGAACGACGUUUUUUUCCCCGAUCAGUUCACGUGGAAUGACGUUUUCCGAUCAGUUCACGUGGAAUGACGUUUUUCCGAUCUGUUCACGUGGAAUGACGUUUUCCGAUCUGUUCACGUGGAAUGACGUUUUCCGAUCAGUUCACGUGGAAUGACGUUUUCCCGAUCCGUUCACGUGGAAUGACGUUUUCCCGAUCAGUUCACGUGGAAUGACGUUUUCCCGAUCAGUUCACGUGGAAUGACGUUUUCCCGAUCAGUUCACGUGGAAUGACGUUUUCCGAUCAGUUCACGUGGAAUGACGUUUUCCGAUCAGUUCACGUGGAAUGACAUUUUCCGAUCAGUUCACGUGGAAUGACUUUUUCCCCGAUCAGUUCACGUGGAAUGACGUUUUUAUUUUUCCGAUCAGCACACGUGGAACGCCUUUUUUUCCCGAUCAGUUCACGUUGAACGACGUUUUUUUCUCUCCAAACGGUUCACGUGGAUGGACUGCCGUUCAAGUCCCCGUCAAAGCGCUGUUACUAUAGAAAGGCUAACGUAUUAGCACGAGCGCUAAUAUAAACCUGCGCCACCGUCACUGCUGUUAUAGAAAACGAGCGUAUUUUCCGACCAAUCAGAGUCGAGAACGCAGUGGUUUAAUUGCUUUCGUUCACGUGUACGCGAAAUGGUUGCCGAGUUCCCUAAAUCGCGUCACGCACAUGCACGUCUCCUGGAUCUUUUAAAUUGGUAAACGUAUUUCCGUUGGUCCCGUGGCAGCAAUCACGACAACGGCGGAAAGUUUUAAAGGAGUCCGUGUACAACGAAUGUGCGUCCUGGGAUAGGUCAUAGUACGGAAUCGCUCAACUGUCCGCCGGUCGUCAUGGCGACCGGUGGAGGUCGCGUUUCGUCUUCGAGAGGUACAAAAGGUACGCAGGGAGCGAGGCUACAGCAAGCCGAAAGCCACCGGUUUAACUUCGGUUAUUUGUUUGCGACUUCCUUGUGGAACUUCAAACGCCGAGCGUGUCCAUGCUAAUCGACUCCGUUUGGCACAGAGAAGAUGUAAGUAUAUCUCGUAAUAUAUUGGUAAUAUCGGCACACGCCAAGCCACAAGGUGGGUUCAGUUUUGAAGGAUUGUUUAACGUCGCUGCCAUUUCCUGGAUCGAGAACUAAUCUGUACAACAACGUGGCCAUAUUUAUUACUGCGUUUAGUGCACUACAGUUGGUUUCCCCUAGCAACGGUGCCACGAGGGCCUGUGAUUGGUUAAGGAUCUUAAGGAUGCUCAAGUUAGUUCAGGUUAGUCGAAGUGCAAUUGCAUGCAAGUCAUGUGUGCAAAAACUACAGCCGUUUCUCAUUCAAGUAAGUAGCCUACUGGCGUUCGGGACGCAGCCCUUCAGCGUGCUAAAGUGUACGACGAGGUGCCCGAUUUAGUAGAAGAGCGACAGCGAUUGAGACGCGGCCCGAGUGCCUCUCAGCCACGUUUACAAAGAGGCCGACUUUCAUCGAGUCGUCGAGUGGACUUCGGUCAUUAAUUAGGAGGCGGUGCGGUGCACUUUAAGGGGUCAAGUGCAGAAGGGAACUCGGAUAACCCCCGCGUCUCGUUUGUCCACUUUUACAGAGCGACUGACUUUUUAAAGUGCACGUUUACUUUUUAAGAAGUAAUUUAGGGCACUUCACAGCUGGCAAAGGAAGAGGAUUCGGGAUUGAGACACAGCCUCAGUUUUCGGUAUCCCUGGUCCGUGUUUAUAAAGCGACUUUAAGCUUAGCAAGUGCGCUAUAUGCUGCUGAUUCUGUAGUGAGGUGGGGGGCGGAGGAUUGGAACACAGCCCGUGUGCUAAGUAAAGGCGUUGGAAAUUCUGGCCAUUUUUUGAACCGUACUGACUUUCUCACAAGUGUUUCUCUCUCUCGCUCACACACACACACACACACACACGCACGCAUCGCAUGGCCUGUGUCAUGUUAUAAAGACACCAUUUCUGCUCUUCUUUUGUGGCCAAAUGUUAAUCUGCUCUUUUACGGUUCCUGUUGUUGUUGUUUUUUGUUUUUCCGCUUGUUUGUUUGUUUUUACUUUAUUGCCUGCUUUUUUAAUAAAUCUGUCUCGUGAUUGUUUUUUUUUUGUUUUUGUUUUUUUAACUAUUAUUAUUAUUUUAGAAUUUUAAGUAUAAUGUUCAGUAACUUAUUUCGCUUGUACAAAAACUCCAAAUGUCGAUAUUUAUUAUUAAUGUACAUAUGUCCUUAUUUUUUAUAUAUAUAUGUACAUAUUCCCAUGAAAUAAAGUUCAGUUCGCUAAGCGUGA